AUGUAUAUGGGACUUCCGCCAAUUUUGAAAACUGGUACUCUAUUUUCAAACCAAAUUGACUCCAUUUUGAAGAAGAGGCAACUACUACCAAUUUCAGAACUGGGCACUCUCAUCUCUGGUUGCGUCCACAACCGUCAUUUCCUCGCCGCGAUCCUCCAUUUCACCAACAUGCGGCGUCACAAUGUUUAUCCUAACGACUUCACGUAUCCUUGUGUUUUCAAAUCUUCUGCUUCGUUGAACAUGCCCAUGGCUGGUAAACAAGUUCAUGCUCUUGCUUUUAAAGGUGGGCAGAUAUAUGAUGUGUUUGUUAGGUGCAGUGCUUUUGAUAUGUAUAGUAAAACCGGUCUUUUUGUUGAUGCUUGUAACAUGUUUGAUGAAAUGCCUCAUAGAAAUUUGGCUACGUGGAAUGCUUAUAUUUCUAAUGCGGUUCAAGAUGGGCGGUGUUUGGAUGUGAUUGCGGCAUUCAAGGAGUUUUUUUGUGUGCAUGAAGAGGCGAAUUCGAAUAUGUUUUGUGAGUUUGUGAAUGCGUGUGUUGAUAUGUUGAGGUUGAGUCUCGGGCGGCAGUUAUGUUCGUUUAUAGUUAAGUCUGGAUACAAAGAGGAUGUUUCUGUUGUUGAUGGGCUUUUUGAUUUCUAUGGAAAAUGUGGGAAUGUUGUAUCUUCUGAAAUGGUUUUUAGUAGAAAUGGAAGAGGGAAAAAUGUUGUUUCGUGGUGCUCUAUGCUUGGUGCUCAGAAUCAUGAGGAAUAG